CUCCUUUUUCGGUCCUCUUUGUGUACUUCCGUGUAGCAAAAUGGCUCAAGGUACGCAGAAAUUUAAAGCUCAGCGUCCAGGAGCCUCCAAGAAACACCAACAAAACAAACAGAAAGGACCGAAGAAAGGAGGGAGGAUCAUUGCACCUAAGAAGGCUCAAGUAGUUCAGCAACAGAAGCUGAAGAAGGGUCUAGAGGUUGCCAUCAGGAACAAGAUUGAGCAGGAGGUGACCCAGAAGGCCAGCACGUCCCUCCACAAGCCGCUGAGUGUGAUUAAAGGGCCUGAAGGUAAAGGAAACCCGGGAGCUGCCCGUCCUGGAACCAGCAGCAAAUAAGACACAACCGGGGACCUGAAUCUCAUGGUGUCGUAAUAUAAUGGACUCAGUCGAAGUGUUAUUGAGCUUCACUUCAUUUCAAAUGUCGCCUGUUCUGGUGAUUUGGACUCCCAGAUGUUUCCAUUAACUUCAGAAGGUAAUCAGAGCGAGUCUUGUAAAGAUGCUUGUUUAAGAGGUUCAUCAAAGAUGUUUUGGACGAUAUGGAUGCUACAUAAACCACCACUGGGGGCACCGCAGGACCUAAUACGUACAAGGAUCAAAACAGAAUCGACUUAGGAACUGUGUUGAUAUGACAUUAAGGCUUUAUUUUUAUCAGUCCACUUAGAAGAAGGUUAUGUCAUUCUGUCAGAUGAUUGUAUAGUCGUUACUGUACAGCAAAUAAAUGGUAACGUGAGAACAAAA